CGCCCCUUAUCCCUCCCAAUUCCCCACCAUGCACCAUGUACACCAAUGAACUUGGCUGAACCUGUUCAGAUGUUGCUGGUGGGAUCGGGAGAGAGGGGAGAGUGGGAUCCGCGGUAGAGUCGUGUCAUUCAUGUAAUGUGCAAAGUUCUUGGUAGUUUGCAGGAUUGCACAGCAUUGCUACUGUUUAUUGCUGUGGACAGUGCUUACUUGCUGGUGCGUGAAUAUACCGAGUGCAAUUUUUGUAAAUAAGUGGUUGAAACUCUGGUAGCUGCAUUUUUAUAACACAAGAGCUUUAACUUCAAAAUAUUUUUGAAGUGUGUGACAUAAGAGAACAUCGUGUGUUUAAUACAAGGUGAACGUGCGUUUUUCAUGUUUUGAAGGACGGCAGUUGUGUCGAAAACUUUGACAGUGGUCGGAGAAGGUGCUCAGUAGUUGUUAAGUUUUUUAACGAAAACCUCAUUUGGUAUAUUAUGCUUAUGUUAUUUUGAUUGCUAAUACAAUGCUUCCGCCUCAAAAACCGUGGGAAACUGGUCCCGUGAAUCAGCGAGCUCUCCAUCCAAUUUCCAACAGUGAUGGCCUUCAGAGCUCUGCAUCAAAUGUGGGAUCUUAUCCACCAGGAACCACUUUUGUAAGAGCUAAUCAGAGAAAUCCACCACCACCUCCACCUCGUCCAUCAAGACAGCCUUAUCAAAAUGGAUUUGGUGCAGGUUACGGCACCUCUAGUUAUUUUUCUUCCCCUUUUAGUUCUUAUGGAGGUUAUGGUUCUGGACUUAAUAAUUAUGGUUACAACAGUUUUGGGAAUUACGGUAACUAUGGCAACUAUAGCAGUUUUGGAGGGUAUGGAAUUAAUAGGAUGGGCUUCCCACAUUCACUACCAGAAAGCAGAUUUAUUCGAAUGGCCGAAGAUGGUUCAAGACCUGCUUUCCAAUCAAUUGAAUCUUUGGUACAAGCUUUUGGAUCAGUAAGCUUCAUGCUAGAAUCCACUUUCAAUGCUAUGUACAGCUCGUUCAGAGCAGUUCUUGGUGUUGCUGAAAAUUUUGGUCGUCUUCGUGCAAUGUUUGGACAGUUUCUUUCAGUUUUUGCAGUUUUCAGAUGGUUGCAGUGGUUGUAUAAGAAGUGUUUGUAUCUUUUAGGUUUGCGUCCUGAUGAUCCUGGUCGUGAGCAGCUUUGGCGCCAGGCUUCACAAGCAGUUGCUGGAGGUAGUGUGGAUUCCGAGAGCAAGAGAACAUCAUGGCCAGUUAUGGUGUUCCUUGGAAUUAUCUUGAGUGGACCUUACUUGAUGUGGAAACUUCUUAGUUCUAUAGAUAUUCCCAACAUAGAUCCUUACAAUCCUCGGGAUUGGUCCAAGUGUAAAGAAGCCGGACAUUCAGCUGUUGCUCUCUAUGAUUUUGUUGCUGCAUCAUCACAAGAAUUGUCGUUACGUGCUGGACAGAAAGUUCUUAUUGCACCCAAAGAUUGCCAGCAGAAUCAGAGUUGGUUGCUUGCGUCUGUUGAUGGUGUGAAAGUUGGUUUAGUACCUUCCAAUUAUAUUAGAUCACUUGGUCGAGUGGUAUUUCAAGCACAGAAACCAACGCAAUCUGACAAAAUCCCUGUACCUGCAAAUGAAGUUCCAGAUAUUGCUACAAAUUCUGUUGCAGAUGUGGCAGGUAUACCAGAAGGAGCUGUAGAAGAGGUUGUUCCAGAACCCAGUAGUAAUGCAGGACCCUUCUCUUCAGAACCAUUAAAUAAUGGCGAAGAUUCUGUUUGAUGUGUUUGUUGGGUGCCUUGAACCCAGAUUAAACUAUUCCUGUUUGUCUGUGAUGCUUUAUUGCUGCAAAAGUCAUUGAAACCUGGUGGAUGAGUUGCAUAACUUGGGCACUGAUGUGUAUUAAUUUUUGUUUUUACUUAUUCAAGAGAUGCACAUGCAAAUCAAAUAUUGAAAUUAAUUUUCAUAGUUUCUGUAAAUGCAAAUGUGCCCCAAGCCCAGAUCAUCCUUUAGCUGGUAUAUUUUAUAGUACCAUUGUAUUUGAGAUCUGUACUGAAAUAUGUUUAGCUUUAUAUAUGAAAAAUUAAAUAUGUCCCUUGAACAGCCAAUCUUUCAGAUAAAUAAGAAAUAAUCGCAUUUGUGUGAAAGUAUGCAUGAGCAAUGAAAUCUGUUUCAUGUCUGAUGAGCACAAAAUAGUGUUUUGAAGGAUGUAGUGAUUCAGAAACUUAAAUGUUUUGUCACCUACUUUUUUUCAUGUAAUCUUAAGGGUAGUGUGAAAGUGUGGAUUAUGUAUGUAAAUAUUGUGAUAGGUUUGUACUGCUGUGAUUUUAUUGUAUCAGAAUAAAAUUUUCCAGUAACAAGUAUACAA